AUGUCUGACACAGAAUGCCUCAACCUAAACAUCACUGUUCCGAACGUUCAGUCUCAUGGCAAGGGUCUUCCCGUGUUGGUGUGGGUACACGGCGGAGCACUUUUGGUGGGCUCAGGUACCUGGCCACAAUACGAUUUCGCCGCUCUUGUGCGACAUUCAGUUGGGCUCGGAACUCCAUUUAUUGGAGUUACCAUCAACUAUCGUACAGGUAUCUUUGGGUUCUUGACUUCGGAGGAACUACGCACGGCUGGAUUUAAGGCCAACAACGGUUUGCGUGAUCAGAAGGUUGCGUUCCAGUGGAUUAAGAAGAACAUUGCAGGGUUUGGAGGAGAUCCAAAUCAAGUAACAGCUAUUGGCCAGAGCGCUGGUGGCAUCUCCCUAACCCUUCAGCUGCAAUCGAGCGAGCCACUCUUCCAGCGCCUCGCUGCUAUUGCCGGAACCUGUCUUCUCGGGAGACCGGUUCCAUUAUUUGUGCACGAAAUGGUCUAUAAAGUAUUUUGUGAAGCACAGGGUCUCACCGCUCUCUCUGGACAGGACAGAAUCAAGGCGAUAGAGAAGAUACCCAGCGAGGAGCUAAUUUUCAAGGUUCCUCCUUCCGUCCCAGCACUUCCAGCACUGGACGCAGAUUUUCUUUGCGCCUCGCCUACCUUCCAGAGCGCAGAGGCUUGGUCCAAAGGCGGUGAUCCUGCUAUUCCUGGUCUGAAAUGGUGCAAGGAGCUGCUUGUGGGUGACAUGAAAGACGAUGGCACCAUCUUCGACGGCGCGCUAGCCCACCGCGUACAAGGCAUUGCCAGUGCAUUCGAAGAGAGCCUAAAGCGCAGUAUUCCCCAGCAAGGCAAAGCAAUUGACUCCCUCCUCUCAGCCUACCACAUCUCCAGCUCAACCUCUGAUCGCGCAGCCUACUUAUCCAUUCUUGAGCUGGGAAAUGACAUCGCCUUCUACAUUCCGGAGGAGACCUUCGCACGCCGCUUUCCGGGCACAACGUAUGUGUAUCAUCUAAACGAACCGAACCCUUGGGAUGGACCCUUCAAGGGCUUUGCCUCGCACCUUUUCGACGUCGCGCUCCUGUUCAGAAACUACGAUGCUCAGUUACCCCUGCACGCCAUAGAAGUGGGACACGCAUUCGGAGAUGGCCUGAUAAAAUUUGCUAACAGUCAAGCACCAUGGCAGGCGAGUUCGCAAUCGAAGCCUGUGGCAUGGGUUUUUGGAGGAGAGGCUGGCACAAGCGAGCUGAGGGAGGAUUUUCCGGAGAAGGUUGACAGGAGGAACGCAAUUUUCGAAUUCAAGGACACGCCUGGAUGGGAUGCAUUGCACAUGGCCUGGACUGAAUUUAUCGCCCGAAGGUGA